UCAGCCGCGGCGUCCGUAGAGCCGGCAGCGGCUGAUUUUGCAAAGGCUGAGCGCAGGGGUGGGGUGGGGUGGGGUGGGGUGGGGCGCGCCAGGAAGCCAUGGAGUUCUGUGCAGCCGCGGACUCCCGGGGAGCGGACUAGGGAAACUUGGAGGCUGCGAUCAGGUGCACUGACCUCUGUCUCCUCCCUCCUCUCUUCGUCGUAGCCGCCGGGACUCCCCUCCCUUCUGGCCACUACACACACCACCCCUCCUCUGCCCGUCGAACCUCAGGUGCCCGAGAGGUGCUCCACUCCUCCCCCUUGGCCGAGCGUUGAGAAUCAUCACCGCCCCCUUCCCCCGCCCUUUCCUGCCCUGGAUCUCAGCCGCCACCUCCGUCUCGCGGCUGCCUGGCGGGGGGCAAGGACGAGUCCGGAGUGUCUGGGGUUUGGCGUUGUUGUCAGCCUCGGGGAGAGAGAUUGGACAAAUAUUCCCCAAGAGGAGGAAGGCGACGCCAAGGACUUUCCACAUCAAUUGCUUUUGGGGUUUCUCCACAACUUGGAAGAGUGAUCCUUUCCGUUUUGCGUUGCGUCUGUGUGCUUAUUACUAGCGCAGCGACUGCUGUCCCAGAGUGACUCCGAGUGGUCCUUUAUCGUGAACUCGCAAUGGCCAGUGAAGACAGUAUUGCCCCUUCCCCGCCACCAACAGGUGAUGACGGGGGAGGUGGAGGAAAAGGAGAAGAAACCCCUGCCGAAGGGGGUGCCUUGUCUCUGAAACCAGGGCUCCCUAUCAGGGGCAUCAGAAUGAAAUUUGCCGUGUUGACGGGGUUGAUUGAAGUCGGAGAAGUAUCCAAUAGGGAUAUUGUAGAAACUGUCUUUAACCUGUUGGUAGGAGGGCAAUUUGAUUUAGAAAUGAAUUUCAUUAUUCAAGAAGGUGAGAGUAUCAUCUGCAUGGUGGACCUAUUAGAGAAAUGUGAUGUUACUUGCCAAGCAGAAGUCUGGAGCAUGUUUACAGCCAUUCUGAAGAAAAGCAUACGAAAUCUUCAGGUCUGCACUGAAGUAGGCCUUGUUGAGAAAGUGCUUGGGAAAAUUGAAAAAGUUGACAAUAUGAUAGCAGAUCUUUUAGUUGACAUGUUGGGAGUGCUGGCUAGCUACAAUUUGACAGUUCGAGAACUAAAGCUGUUCUUCAGUAAACUUCAAGGAGAUAAAGGACAAUGGCCUCCACAUGCUGGAAAGUUGCUGUCUGUGUUAAAGCACAUGCCACAGAAGUAUGGUCCCGAUGCCUUUUUCAACUUUCCAGGAAAGAGUGCUGCAGCUAUUGCAUUACCUCCUAUAGCCAAAUGGCCAUACCAGAAUGGUUUUACAUUUCAUACCUGGCUUAGAAUGGAUCCUGUAAAUAACAUCAAUGUGGAUAAAGAUAAACCAUAUUUGUAUUGUUUCAGAACCAGCAAAGGUCUUGGUUAUUCUGCACACUUUGUUGGGGGAUGUUUAAUUAUAACAUCAGUAAAGUCAAAAGGAAAAGGCUUUCAACACUGUGUGAAAUUUGAUUUCAAGCCCCAAAAGUGGUAUAUGGUAACUAUAGUGCACAUUUAUAACCGGUGGAAGAACAGUGAGCUUCGAUGUUAUGUGAAUGGUGAGCUUGCUUCCUAUGGAGAGAUAACAUGGUUUGUCAACACCAGUGAUACCUUUGACAAGUGUUUCCUGGGCUCAUCAGAAACAGCAGAUGCUAAUAGGGUAUUCUGUGGUCAGAUGACUGCAGUUUACCUUUUUAGUGAAGCUCUUAAUGCAGCUCAGAUUUUUGCUAUUUAUCAGUUGGGCCUGGGAUACAAGGGUACAUUUAAAUUUAAAGCAGAAAGUGACCUGUUCCUUGUUGAGCAUCACAAACUUUUAUUGUAUGAUGGCAAACUCUCUAGUGCCAUUGCAUUCACAUACAAUCCACGCGCCACAGAUGCCCAGCUCUGCCUUGAAUCAUCCCCUAAGGACAACCCUUCAAUUUUUGUUCAUUCACCGCAUGCACUCAUGCUCCAGGAUGUGAAGGCGGUUUUAACACAUUCCAUCCAAAGUGCCAUGCAUUCAAUUGGAGGAGUACAAGUGCUGUUUCCACUUUUUGCACAGUUGGAUUAUAGGCAAUAUUUAUCUGAUGAAGUUGACUUGACUAUAUGUUCAACUUUGCUGGCUUUUAUCAUGGAGUUGUUGAAGAACUCAGUUGCUAUGCAAGAGCAGAUGCUUGCCUGCAAGGGAUUUUUGGUAAUAGGAUAUAGUCUUGAAAAGUCUUCCAAAUCCCAUGUCAGCAGAGCAGUACUUGAACUUUGCCUUGCAUUUUCAAAAUAUCUGAGUAAUCUGCAGAAUGGGAUGCCCCUACUCAAGCAAUUGUGUGAUCACAUUCUUCUUAACCCAGCUAUAUGGAUUCAUACCCCAGCCAAGGUUCAGUUGACACUCUAUACUUAUCUGUCCACGGAAUUCAUUGGUACAGUCAACAUAUAUAAUGCCAUUCGGAGAGUUGGAACAGUGCUUCUCAUCAUGCAUACACUGAAGUACUACUAUUGGGCAGUGAAUCCUCAGGAUCGGAGUGGUAUCACCCCAAAAGGAUUAGAUGGACCACGACCUAAUCAAAAAGAAAUGCUUUCUCUACGAGCGUUCUUGUUGAUGUUCAUAAAGCAAUUGGUGAUGAAGGAUUCUGGAGUAAAGGAAGAUGAGCUACAGGCCAUUCUUAAUUAUCUACUCACUAUGCAUGAGGAUGACAAUCUAAUGGAUGUCCUACAGCUGCUUGUUGCAUUAAUGUCAGAACAUCCUAAUUCUAUGAUACCUGCUUUUGACCAAAGGAAUGGGUUACGAGUUAUCUAUAAACUUAUGGCAUCAAAAAGUGAAGGAAUCAGAGUACAAGCUCUCAAGGCAAUGGGCUAUUUUUUAAAACACCUCGCUCCAAAAAGAAAAGCUGAAGUCAUGCUUGGACAUGGAUUGUUUUCAUUGCUAACUGAAAGACUCAUGCUUCAGACAAAUUUAAUCACAAUGACCACAUAUAAUGUCCUGUUUGAGAUUCUUAUAGAACAGAUUUGUACUCAGGUGAUACAUAAACAGCAUCCAGAUCCUGAUUCUUCAGUUAAGAUACAAAAUCCUCAGAUACUAAAAGUAAUUGCAACCCUACUUCGAAAUUCUCCCCAGUGCCCAGAGAGCAUGGAAGUUCGCAGAGCCUUUCUUUCUGACAUGAUUAAACUUUUUAAUAACAGCAGAGAAAAUAGAAGGAGCUUGCUACAGUGUUCUGUGUGGCAAGAGUGGAUGCUUUCUCUCUGCUAUUUUAAUCCUAAGAAUUCAGAUGAGCAAAAGAUAACAGAAAUGGUAUAUGCCAUAUUCCGAAUCCUACUUUACCAUGCAAUCAAAUAUGAGUGGGGUGGCUGGCGUGUGUGGGUAGACACCUUAUCAAUCACACAUUCAAAGGUCACUUUUGAAAUACAUAAAGAAAACCUUGCCAAUAUAUUUAGGGAACACCAGGGAAAAGUUGAUGAAGAAAUAGGGCAGUGUUCUUCAAGUCCAAUUCAAGCAGUCUCUGGCACUAGCAGGGAUGUUAAUGUUUCAGUAGGAUCCCAGCAAUUGGAUACAAAGGAUUCUCCUCCUUCUUCUCAUAUCACCAGAACUAGUGAUGAAAAGUCAAGCAUUGGGAAGACAAGUUCAGUAGAAUCUGCAUCCAAUGUUGAACUGCAAACUCACAAUACAUCUAAUGAAGAAAGGACAACUGUGCAAGAAAAUCAGGGGUUACUGGAUGAAGUCCCUUUAGAAGAAACACUGAUAAAUGAAACAAUUAAUUCAGAGAGUUUAGAAGGAUCUUCUGACAUAAUAGAAGCUGUGACUGUUUCCUCUGAUUCUUUUAAAACAACUGGCAAAGAUAUAAUGACUGUCAAUGAAGUAACUGCUUCCAUAAGUUCUCCUUCAGAAGAGGACGUUUCAGAGGUGCCAGAAUUAUUGGAUAAGUCUGUAGUAGAGGAAGAAGAAGAUGAUGAUUAUGUAGAACUGAAGGUAGAAAGUAUUCCUACUGAGGAAGCCAGUCUACCUACAGAGCUCCAAGAUAACAGUUUGUCUCCAGCUGCUUCUGAAGCCAGUGAAAGAAUGGACAUGUUUAGUAAUGACCACAAGUUAAUAUUUCAAGAGGAAGAACCUGUAAGUAAGAAACAAACUGACACUGAAACUCGAGAUCCUAAAGAUUCUGCAGUCUUGACUAUGACAGCAUCAGGGUCUUCAGCUACCUCACCAGGAACUACUGCUUCCCAAACAACUGUUCAAUCAGAUGUUGGUCAGAUGCUGGAGGUAGGGGAGAAGACUAACCUCACCGGAGAAACCAAACUACAUAGUGAUUCUAAUAGUAGUAUCUUUGAGUCUCCUACUACUUCUGAGCAGAAGAUUGCUAAGUUGGAUGUUUCCAGUGUUGCUACAGAUACUGAGAGAUUGGAAUUGAAGGCCACUACAAACAUGGAAGCAUCUCAGCGUCAUCAGCCUGUGCUUGAGAUGUCAAGGCAACAGGAGCAGCCAGGGCAAGGAACAGCACCAGAUGCAGUUAAUGGACAAAGGAGGGAUUCCAGGUCUAUGUUCCGUAUUCCAGAGUUCAAAUGGUCUCAAGUGCAUCAGCGUUUGCUCACUGAUCUAUUAUUUUCAAUAGAAACAGACAUACAGAUGUGGAGAAGCCAUUCAACAAAGACAGUAAUGGACUUCGUGAAUAGCAGUGAUAAUGUCAUCUUUGUACACAACACAAUUCAUCUCAUCUCUCAAGUGAUGGACAAUAUGGUCAUGGCUUGCGGGGGUAUACUGCCAUUGCUUUCAGCUGCUACGUCGGCUACACAUGAGCUGGAGAAUAUUGAACCUACUCAAGGCCUUUCAAUAGAAGCCUCUGUGACAUUUUUGCAGAGACUAAUCAGCCUUGUGGAUGUUCUUAUAUUUGCAAGUUCUCUUGGCUUUACUGAAAUUGAAGCUGAAAAAAAUAUGUCAUCUGGAGGAAUUCUGCGGCAAUGUCUCCGAAUGGUGUGUGCAGUGGCAGUAAGGAAUUGCUUAGAGUGUCAGCAGCAUUCACAGCUGAAAACUAAAGGCAAAGCAGGAAAAGUCCAGAAAACAGCACACAGCCUGAUUCCCAUGGGGAAAUCUGCAGCAAAGAGUCCAGUGGAUAUUGUAACUGGUGGUAUAUCUCCAGUAAGAGAUUUUGACAGGCUCCUACAAGACAUGGAUAUUAAUCGACUUAGGGCAGUUGUCUUCAGAGACAUAGAGGAUAGCAAACAAGCACAGUUUUUAGCCUUGGCAGUUGUAUACUUUAUCUCUGUUCUUAUGGUCUCGAAGUACAGAGACAUUUUGGAACCCCAAAAUGAAAGGCAUAGCCAGUCUUUUAAGGAAACUGGUAGUGAAAGCGGGAAUUUAUCACUCCCUGAUAUAGAAAACUCACCAGCAGCAUUCAGUCCAUUAACUCCAGCAUCCGUGGAAGAAUCUGAAAGUGCAUCAUCUGCUCGAAGGAGGGACUCAGGCAUUGGGGAAGAAAUGGCUACUGGUUUAGGAAGCAAUGUGGACGUAGCUCCUCCUGUAGCACCUCCAAGUGUCAGUGCAGGCCCAGAUGCCAUCAGUGAGGUGCUGUGCACUCUUUCUUCAGAAGUCAGUAAAUCUCAGGAAACCAAAAGCGAUGGAGAAAAUGAAUUGGAUAACAAGGCUGCACCAUCAGUUCCAGUUUCCAAAAAUAUCAAUGUGAAGGACAUUCUCCGAAGCUUGGUUAACAUACCAGGAGAUGGAGUCACGGUGGAUCCUGCCCUUCUGCCACCAGCCUGCCUUGGAGCUCUUGGUGAUCUAUCUGUUGAGCAACCUGUGCAGUUCAGAUCUUUUGACAGAAGUGUCAUCGUGGCAACAAAAAAAUCAGCAGUCUUACCUUCCACACUUACAAGUAUACCUACCAAUGCUGUCAGUGUGGUUUCUUCAGUAGAUUCAGCCCAAGCCUCAGAUGUGGGGGGAGAAUCACCUGGUGGUAGAUCAUCUAAUGCAAAAUUACCCGCAGUUCCAACAGUUGGUUCAGUUUCACAAGACCAAGUUUCAAAUAUGAGUAUUACAGAGAGGCUUGAACAUGCUUUGGAAAAGGCAGCUCCUCUUCUACGAGAGAUAUUUGUAGAUUUUGCACCUUUUCUUUCUCGGACACUUUUGGGUAGCCAUGGACAAGAACUGCUUAUAGAAGGAACAAGUCUGGUUUGCAUGAAGUCUAGUAGUUCAGUUGUGGAAUUGGUUAUGCUACUGUGUUCUCAGGAGUGGCAGAAUUCUAUUCAGAAGAAUGCAGGCCUUGCUUUUAUUGAACUUGUCAACGAAGGAAGGUUGCUUAGCCAAACUAUGAAGGAUCACCUAGUAAGAGUAGCAAAUGAAGCUGAAUUUAUCCUGAGCAGGCAGCGAGCAGAAGAUAUUCACAGACAUGCGGAAUUUGAGUCACUGUGUGCCCAGUAUUCAGCAGACAGACGAGAAGAUGAGAAGAUGUGUGAUCAUUUGAUAAGAGCAGCCAAAUAUCGAGACCAUGUGACAGCAACUCAGCUAAUCCAGAAAAUUAUCAACAUUCUCACAGACAAGCAUGGAGCCUGGGGAAAUUCUGCAGUGAGUCGUCCUCGUGAGUUCUGGCGCCUCGACUACUGGGAAGAUGACUUGCGGCGCCGGCGACGAUUUGUGCGUAACCCUCUAGGAUCGACACAUCCUGAAGCGACACUAAAAACAGCCGUGGAACACGCUGCAGAUGAAGAUAUUCUUGCUAAAGGAAAACAGUCCAUCAAGAGUAAGGCUUUAGGAAAUCAGAACUCGGAAAACGAGAUCCUCCUGGAAGGCGACGACGAUACUCUGUCAUCCGUGGACGAGAAAGAUUUAGAGAAUCUCACCGGUCCUGUUAGCCUGAGCACACCAGCUCAGCUUGUGGCCCCCUCUGUUGUAGUAAAGGGCACUCUUUCUGUCACCUCCUCCGAACUCUAUUUUGAGGUGGAUGAAGAAGACCCUAACUUCAAGAAAAUUGACCCCAAGAUCCUGGCAUAUACAGAAGGGCUGCAUGGAAAAUGGCUGUUCACAGAGAUACGAUCGAUCUUUUCUCGUCGUUAUCUUUUGCAAAAUACAGCCCUGGAGAUCUUUAUGGCAAACAGAGUUGCUAUAAUGUUCAACUUCCCAGACCCUGCAACAGUAAAGAAAGUGGUUAACUAUCUACCUCGUGUUGGUAUUGGAACCAGUUUUGGAUUGCUUCAAACCAGGCGUAUCUCAUUAGCUAGUCCUCGUCAACUUUUUAAAGCUUCUAAUAUGACCCAGCGAUGGCAACACAGGGAGAUUUCAAAUUUUGAGUACUUGAUGUUUCUCAACACAAUAGCAGGACGGAGUUACAAUGACUUAAAUCAGUACCCAGUGUUUCCCUGGGUCAUUACUAAUUAUGAAUCAGAAGAACUGGAUCUUACUUUGCCAAGUAACUUCAGAGAUUUGUCCAAGCCAAUAGGAGCUUUGAAUCCAAAAAGAGCAGCAUUCUUUGCAGAGCGUUAUGAAUCCUGGGAAGACGAUCAAGUUCCAAAGUUCCACUAUGGCACUCAUUACUCAACUGCAAGUUUUGUUCUUGCAUGGCUGCUAAGAAUAGAACCCUUCACAACUUCUUUCCUAAAUUUACAAGGAGGGAAAUUUGAUCAUGCAGAUAGAACUUUUUCAUCAAUUUCCAGAGCUUGGCGAAACAGUCAGCGUGAUACAUCUGAUAUUAAGGAAAAAGUCCUGCUCAAUACCUGCAUUUGCCAUCUCAGCGAAAGACAGCACUGUUUAUCCAGUUUGCUCAGACCUUUAGAAAACUUGGAAUCUUGGAUUUCUCCCUAUCACAUACACCUCACUGUCCAUCUUAUCAACCUUCAGAAUAUGUCUAGAAUCCGACCAGUUAUCACCACGUCCAUCACGAGGGCCCUGGCCCAAGUAACUGAGUUGAUCCCUGAAUUUUAUUAUCUCCCUGAGAUGUUUGUCAACUUCAAUAAUUAUAAUCUUGGAGUGAUGGAUGAUGGGACAGUAGUGUCUGAUGUUGAACUUCCUCCUUGGGCCAAAACCUCAGAAGAAUUUGUUCGCAUAAACAGAUUGGCUCUGGAGAGUGAAUUUGUUUCCUGCCAGCUUCACCAAUGGAUUGAUCUCAUUUUUGGCUAUAAACAGCAAGGGCCGGAGGCUGUUCGAGCCCUCAAUGUGUUCUAUUACCUGACCUAUGAAGGAGCUGUCAAUCUGAAUUCAAUAACUGAUCCUGUAUUGAGAGAGGCUGUCGAAGCUCAAAUCCGAAGUUUUGGGCAGACGCCUUCUCAGCUCCUCCUAGAGCCCCAUCCUCCCAGAGGUUCCGCCAUGCAAGCGUAUCUCCUCCUGCAGAGUCCAUUGAUGUUCACAGACCAAGCUCAGCAGGAUGUUAUCAUGGUUCUAAAGUUCCCCUCCAACUCCCCUGUCACUCACGUGGCGGCCAACACCCAGCCUGGGUUGGCAACUCCUGCUGUGAUCACGGUCACCGCUAACAGGCUGUUUGCCGUGAACAAGUGGCACAACCUUCCGGCUCAUCAAGGUGCUGUACAAGACCAGCCAUGCCAGCUGCCAGUGGAAAUCGAUCCUCUCAUAGCCAGCAAUACAGGAAUGCACAGGAGGCAAAUCACUGACCUUUUAGACCAAAGUAUUCAAGUGCAUUCCCAGUGCUUUGUCAUCACUUCGGACAACCGCUACGUUCUCCUCUGUGGCUUCUGGGAUAAGAGUUUUCGCGUCUACUCUGCAGACACAGGAAAAUUGAUCCAAGUGGUGUUUGGCCAUUGGGACGUUGUCACUUGCCUCACUCGUUCGGAGUCAUAUAUUGGGGGAAAUUGCUACAUUCUCUCAGGGUCACGUGAUGCAACCCUUCUGCUCUGGUACUGGAACGGAAAAAGCAGUGGGAUUGGCGAUAACCCAGGCAGUGAGACCACCACUCCUCGGGCCAUCUUGACAGGCCAUGACUCUGAGAUCACUUGUGCUGUCGUCUGCGCUGAGCUUGGCCUUGUGUUAAGCGGUUCUAAAGGAGGACCAUGUCUCAUACAUUCCAUGAAUGGAGACUUGUUAAGGACUUUGGAGGGUCCUGAAAACUGCCUGAAACCAAAACUCAUUCAGGCUUCCAGAGAGGGUCACUGUGUCAUAUUCUAUGAAAAUGGCUUCUUCUGUACAUUCAGUGUGAAUGGAAAACUCCAGGCCACCAUGGAAACAGAUGAUAACAUAAGGGCUAUCCAGCUGAGCCGGGACGGGCAGUACCUGCUCACCGGAGGAGACAACGGUGUGGUCAUGGUCUGGCAGGUGUCUGACCUCAAGCAGCUCUUCGCCUAUCCAGGCUGCGACGCCGGGAUCCGGGCCAUGGCACUAUCUUACGACCAGAGGUGCAUCAUUUCUGGCAUGGCCUCAGGAAGCAUUGUUCUGUUCUACAAUGACUUUAACCGCUGGCAUCAUGAAUACCAAACCCGCUACUGAUAGUGACAGCUGGGCUUCAGCCUUGCCCCCCAGCCUGGGCACAGGAAGCGCCCUCAGCACCUUUCUCUUAGAAAUAGCAAUCACAUCUGAAUGUAACUUAAAUUUGCUCUAAGAAGCAAAAUAUUUUUUAAAGUUAAUUGCUAUUUUUGUAGACUUUGCUUGACUUUUUUGGGGGGAAUAGCAAAGCAGACAACUGGCUGCUGGGUUCUGUAGUUUAAAAAAAAAAUCUAUAUUUUUAGUCAUAAUGAGAAGUCUAUUUUCACCAAUUAUGGAAAUAAUAAAUACACAGUGGAGCAAGUAAACCCACUUAUGCUAGUUAUAUUA